UGUAAGGAUACACCAUUCUCAACAGGUGCUCCAGGCAUGCUGGGCUCCCGUGUGCUGCUCUGCCUCUGCUCCAUGGCCUGCUGCCUCACCCUGCUGCCAGCAGCUGGGAACACAGUUCUCCACUUUGGCCCCUGUAGGAUUUCAAUGAGCAUGAAUGAAAUCAGAGCUGGCUUCUCUGCCAUCAAAACCAACAUUCAAGCCCGGGAUCCCAUCAGGACGCUGAGCAUCCUGUCCCACCCACACUCCCUGCACAAGGUCCAGCCUUCAGAUAAAUGCUGCAUGGUCCACAAAGUCUUCAACUUCUACGUGGACAAAGUCUUCAAGCACUGCCAGACCGAGAAUUCCUACAUCAACCGAAAGAUCAGCAGCAUAGCCAACUCCUUCCUCAGCAUCAAAAGGAAACUCGAGCACUGUCAUGAUGAAAACAAGUGUUUGUGUGGACAGGAACCCACUGAGAGAUUUAAGCAGAUACUUGUGAACUACGAAGGGCUGAAUGUCACAUCUGCAGCAAUGAAAUCCUUAGGAGAGCUGGACAUCCUACUGGACUGGAUGGAGAAAUCCCCAUAGAGAGGAACCGUGUGCUAACAGAGCUGCUGGGAGGCUGCACACCUUGGGAAUGCACCGUCCCAGAGCCAUUUCUUGCUGACUGUUUGAUCAAGCACUGAGUGUGCUGUCAGGCACAGGAAGAGGCACACGCAUCCACAGGGUCUUGCAUUUGGAUGGCAAUGUGGAGUCGGCUCGAAUCAACAGAGCAUUCACAUCUCCGACUUCUAUCAAACGACACUUUCCAAAGGGAGAAUUUUAAAGAGUUC